CAUCGUCUUCCACACCGCUCCUCACCCCAAUAGGCUUCAUUAGCUAGCUCAGCCUUUUCCAUCCUCCAAACCCCAUGGCUUCCGGUUCUUGGACGCUCGAGAUCGAGUUCUCCGUCCAGGCAUCUCGCAUCUUCAAGGCCGCCGUCCUCGACUGGCACUCCUUGGCUCCCAAGGCCGUGCCGGAGUUCGUCGUCAGCGGCGUCGUCCUCGAAGGUGAAGGCGGUGCCGGAUCCGUAAGGCAGCUCAACUUCUCACCGGCAAUACCAUUUGGGUACGUGAAGGAAAGAUUGGACUUUGUGGACGUGGACAAGUUGGAGUGCAAGCAGACGCUCGUGGAAGGAGGCCACAUCGGGAGCAAGCUGGAGACGGCGUCGACCCAUUUCAAGUUCGAGCCGAAGGCCGGCGGCGGGAGUGUGUUGAAGGUGGUGUCCACCUACAAGUUCUUGCCCGGGGUUGAGGACAACGAGGGGGAGAUAGUGAAGUCCAAGGAGACUUUGACGGGGAUCAUGAAGGCCGCAGAAGCCUACCUGGUGGCCAACCCAUCAGCCUACCCGUAGAGCUCCAUGCGUGCUCUCUUACGUAUAUGGAGUGUGAUCAGGCUUUGUUGUUUCUUUCAGCAUAUGCGAAGGUGUCUGUGCCCGAAAUCAGUUCGAGUGUGUUUUAGUCGUCUGCCAAACAAUAAUAGACUGUGAACGAAUAAAAGAUCAUACUCUUUUCUGCUUUA